ACUGGAGGGAACCUACAGAGUUUAUACACCGAAUCCAAACAGUGUUGUGCGAAAUUCAUAUUAGUCACUUAGAACUUCACAAAUAUCUUCUGCGUAUUUCAAUCAGUCCCGGAUUAUAAACUAGUAGAGACCAUUCACUACACGGAAUUUAUCAUUGUGAUUCCGUCGAUAAAAUUGAUUUUCUUUCUACCAAAAGAAGGAGAAAAUGUAAAUGCAAUCAUAUAAUCAGACAUCAUCGUCCUUUGCACCAUGAUAUGCCUAAUGUUAUAAUCCGAAUGAUCAGCUGAUCUUAUUCGUAAUGGCUACACAUUUGUAAUUUCCCAGCAGACGACAUCGAUCAGUUAACGUACAUACGCGUACUUUAGAGUCGUAUUUUUUUUUUUCGUAUUGACCAGAAUUGACAGCGAAGAAAGGAAAAAACAGACAAAAUUGAAGAACAAAACUCAUGGCAGAUAAUGAACUGGUCAAGUCGAACAGCUGGAUCUGGGGAUGGUUUAGUUGGUCUGCAUCAUCAUCAACGAUGUUGCGAGCAGCUGAGAAGAAAAUUCUAUCGUGUUUAAAAACAGCUUACCGUGGUUGGUAUGUGGAUAUCGGACCAGUGGUGGGUACCGCAGACAAGAUAUGGACCAUAUCAUUGAAUGAGGAAUCCCCAAAAACACCAAUUGUUUUACUUCAUGGUUUAGGUGCUGGAGUAGCAUUAUGGUGCUUAAAUUUAGAUACUCUUGCAUCACAAAGGCCAGUUUAUGCUAUUGACAUUCUCGGCUUUGGUAGAAGCAGUCGACCUGUGUUUAGCAGCAAGGCUCAGGAAGCUGAAAACCAGUUAGUACAAUCUGUCGAAGAAUGGCGACGAGAAAUGCAAUUAGAGAAAUUCGUACUGCUUGGCCAUUCCAUGGGAGGUUUUCUUGCUGCUUCCUAUGCUAUACAAUACCCAGAAAGGGUAAAACAUCUUAUACUAGCGGAUCCAUGGGGUUUUCCGGAGAAACCAGCAGAUGCAGUAUCGAGGGUGCAUAUUCCGCUUUGGGUAAAGGCUAUUGCAUACUUAGUGCAGCCUUUGAAUCCUUUAUGGGCAGUCAGAGUAGCUGGACCCUUUGGACAAUGGCUAAUAGAAACGACACGACCAGACAUUGUCAAGAAAUUUGCUCCCUUACUAAAAGACGAUGUGAGCAUAAUUUCUCAAUAUAUACAUCAGUGUAAUGCACAAACCCCAUCUGGCGAGAGUGCAUUUCACGCGAUGAUGCAGGGUUUCGGUUGGGCUAAAAACCCCAUCGUUAAGAGGAUGGACAAAUUAAAUCAGGACAUUCCAAUAACUCUAUUAUAUGGUAGCCGAUCCUGGGUCGACAAUACGGCCGGUGAGACUAUAAAGCAAACCAGGUCGUCGUCAUACGUUCAUGUACAGGUGAUUACGGGUGCUGGACAUCACGUUUAUGCUGAUAAAAGUGACACGUUUAAUAAACACGUAGUGGAUGCGUGUACCUUGAGCGAUUCCAUAUCAAAUCUAACGUCCUCCAAUAUUCGUCCCUCGCAAAAAAGCAUUACGGAAAGUAAUUCCGUACAGCCGGAUGAUGAAGAUGAACCCAGGGGAAUAAAUGAACAAGGAAUAGAUACAUCACGACCGAGAUCAUGUUGACGAAGUAGUAAUUCCUUUUAUUUCUGAAUUCGAACGUUUACAGUGUUGCGUAUGGCACCUCUAUAAUCUUCUGUCUGCUACGCAAUACAUAAGCAUUAUUCAGCAGAAACAGCACUGAGAAAGUAAACAUAUUUUAUUGGUGAAAUUUUACAAUGGUUGCAAGAUUUACGAUCAAAUGACUAAUCAAAUACUCUUGCUUCCUAAUCGCUGUUGACAUUGAACACAAUCAUAUAGUAUGGAUUUCAACGCGUCGAUUAAUAAGUUGUAGAGUUUAAGGCAAUCGAAUAAUGCAUAUAAGUUUUAUAUAGAGCAAGAGUGAAUUAAAGAGCUUAGUGAAAGAGUAUUUUUCAAGCAAUCGAAAAUUUAAAAAACGCGUACAUACUCCAUGAUCUAUAGUAAAAUAUUUGAUGGGGAAGUAAGCCAGCGCUAAAAGUUCUUUUUACAAUAUAAAUGUCGAACGAAAAUUUAAAAAAUACUGAAGAAAAGUGAAAAUUAACCCUUUCGUUACGGCGGUCCGCUCCGUUAGACUGACGCCACUGAACGGGGCACCGCGCCGCAAAGUGUGCACCUUGUACAUCAUUAGUCUUCGGUGUUCGCACUCACGUCUUUCAACGACUAUAGUCGGCACUUCUAACGAAAGGUUUAAGUAUGAAGCAAUAUUUUAUACUAAAAUGUUCCUUUUUUGUUUAAUUAGUCUAAACAUUUUUCCCUGGAAGCUAUAUUCUGUUUGAAGAUGAUCGGUAAUUACAAACAGAGAAAUUUACAGUUAAUUUUGAUCACCAAGAUUUUCAGAUUUUGAUACUCUUUGGCUUAUCCAUUAUGCCUAUAUUUAUUUUUAAGUGAUUGAGGGCAUAAAAUAGUUUGCUGUCAUUGUAAAUCAAAAAUAAGAAACUUAGAUUAAAUUCCAGUGUUGUCUU